GCUGGGUCAGCUGAUCAUCUACAACAGAGACUCCAGAGGGGAGAUGAUCUCGCUCUAAAUCACUCCGGAGAAGACCCAUCAGCACCUGAGACAACUUCGAAUCCAGAGGCUCUUAUGGGUGAACAUUCUCACUCUGCCCAGAAUGGGAGCUCUAGAACAUCAGCAUCAACUUCUGCAUUGCGUAGAAAUAGGUCACGCGCAUCUCCAUUCUGCCCUUGCUUUUCUCCGACCAUGAGUAGCUCGGACACGGAUGAUGAAGAAGUGCCUGAACACGUGGGAAGACAUUGGAGCAACUCUAUUGCUGAAGUUCUGAGGCAAAGACUCGCGAUAGUUGGUGAAGCCGCCAAUCAGCUGGCAGGACCUACAGUAUCGAGGCGCAUGCUCUUAAAUGAUGAGGCGCCGGCUGUGCAUCGCAUUGUGGAGUAUUCUCACCACCUCGUACCGGACAUUGAUCGUAUUCUCAAUUCAAGCUACUAUUGGGGAGUGAUGGAUCGUUUCAAAGCUGAAGAGCUGUUAGAUGGCAAACCUGAAGGCGAGUCUGGAAAACAUCAAACUGUACAUUUCUUCUCCGUGACAGCGCUCAAACUGAAUAUCUCUUCUCUGUUUCCUUCCGACGAUAUCAGAGGACAUUGCAUGCAAGAAUCGAGCAGGUUAAUAUUGCAUUGUCAUGUUGAAUUCUGUGAUUCUGCCCAAGAGCCACGCAUCCAAGCAAAUGCAUCUUGUGCCUGA